CAUGGCAGACUGUUUAAGGGUGUCAGAGAGUGAUACGAUGGACCCUGUGGCUAAGAUAAGUUAGCAACCUCCCUUCACUGAAGCAGAGUUUUAUACAAUGGUGACAGAAAUGGCGAAAAGGAAGGCGGUAAUAGUUGGAAGUUUCUCAGAGAUGGGUGUGACAAGGAAUUUGCGAGAUGCUGCAUGGCAAGAGGUGGUGGUCCUCAUGAAAUUUUAGCUCUGAAACCUUCAGGGGAAGCUUUGGUAGGAUUGGGCCUACUGGAGCAAGAAGCAGUUGAGGGGUUGGCAGAUAUUGAUGACAGUGAGGACCCAGCUUCACCUUCUGCAGGUUCAGCCUUUUCUGUAUGGAAAGCUGGAUGUAGUACUUCAGCUGCUGCUAGCAAGCACAUGUCAGCAUUUCACAGCAUUGCAGAUGCACAACUCUUAGAGUUUGAUAUUGAUGAUGGCUCUGCAGAAGUGUUCGUCGCAGAUGAUAUCCCAAUAUCAAUUAUUGAAAAACACCAGUAUGCGCGGAGAGGGGAGCCAAGCCGCCCCUCAAGUAAAUGGAACCCUCACAGAGUGGGAAGACCGGGAGGAAGCUGCCUGCUUAGCGGCUGUAUCAGCCAGCUCAUUACCACUAAUUCCCACAUGCGAGGGAACCCAACAAAACUUCACACUGAUGUGUUUUCAAGAAUGCAGGAGGACCAGCCAAUCCUGCACCUCUUGAAUGAGUUGAUUAGAUGGCAUAAGCUUCUGUAGUGCAGAUAGAGAACUCUGGGAAUCACAAUAAAUAUAAGUCCCCCCAGUGCUACCUAUACUAAAAAUAAAUUUUUAAACUAAAAAUAGCAUAAAUCUCAGCAUUAAAAAUUUGAGAAGAAUUGAGAAGUUAAUAGGGAGGCCUUUUUUUAAUUGUUCUCUCACCGUUGCCAAUCUAGUGGAGCGUCACACAUACGCCGAUGCAUUUACAAACUGUUUCAAUGAA